GAAUAAAGUUAUUCUGAGUCACUCUCCACAUUAGUUUACAUAAACCAGAUACAACUUUUCUUUCUCUUUUUAAUUAGGUUACAGCCAUCCAUCUCUGAUAAAGCUUCUCCAGCAGCCACAGAACCUGAGCACUUUUAUCAACAGACCUGCCCUAGGGAUUUUACCUCCGGAGAACUUUUCAGAAAGACUGAAGGAAUCUUUGUUGUCAGUGGCUCCCAAGGGUCUGCCACAGGUGAUGACCAUGGCUUGUGGAUCCUGCUCAAAUGAAAAUGCAUUUAAGUUAAUAUUUAUGUGGUACAGAAACAAGGAGAGGGGCCGUAAUAAUGUCACAAAAGAGGAACUGGAAUCAUGCAUGAUUAACCAGCCCCCCGGCUGCCCCGACUAUGCCAUGCUCUCCUUCAUGGGUGGCUUCCACGGAAGGACCUUCGGUUGCUUAGCUACAACUCACUCUAAAGCAAUUCACAAACUGGACAUCCCCUCACUGGACUGGCCUAUUGCUCCAUUUCCAAGACUAAAGUACCCUCUGGAAGACUUUGUGAAAGAGAAUCAACAGGAAGAAGCCCGUUGUUUAGAGGAGGUGGAAGAUCUGAUUGUCAAGUACAGGAAAAAGAAGAAGAUUGUGGCUGGAAUCAUUAUAGAACCAAUACAGUCAGAGGGUGGAGACAACCAUGCCUCAGAUGACUUCUUUCGGAAGCUACGAGAUAUUGCCAGAAAGCAUGGCUGUGCGUUCUUGGUGGAUGAGGUGCAGACAGGAGGUGGCUGCACUGGAAAAUUCUGGGCACACGAGCACUGGGGCCUGGAUGAUCCAGCUGAUGUGGUAACAUUUAGUAAGAAGAUGAUGACCGGAGGAUUUUUCCACAAAGAGGAGUUCAGGCCAAAUGCUCCCUAUCGGAUUUUUAACACCUGGCUUGGAGAUCCAUCCAAGAACCUUCUGCUUGCUGAAGUCAUUAGGGUUAUUAAAAGAGAAGACCUUAUAAACAACGCAGCCCACGCAGGAAAAGCACUACUGACUGGCCUACUGGAUUUACAGGCUCGCUACCCCCAUCUUAUCAGCAGAGUGAGAGGAAGAGGAACGUUCUGUUCGUUUGACACUCCAAAUGAUGCAACUAGAAACAAGUUAAUUACAAUAGCGAGAAACAAAGGUGUUGUGCUGGGAGGCUGUGGUGACAGAUCGAUCCGUUUUCGUCCAACACUGAUCUUCAAGGACCACCACGCACACCUCUUUCUGAACAUUUUCAGUGACAUCUUGGCAAACUUCAAGUAAAAAGCAGUUCUCUCACAUGGAACAACUAACUGAUUAUGAAAGUAGUUUGCAUUAAUUCAUGUCUUCUCCACUUACAAGAUAAGUGUAAAGUCAUAAACUGAGGUUUGUGUUCUGUCUGUAAUCCUGCCCAAGGCAAGCUGCUCCGUGCAAAACAGCACAGGCAGAGCACUGGUACUGCUCCCCAGCAGGUACCUGCAGCGCUCCGACGCUGCGCCUGUAGAGGCUGUGGCCCUCCAUCUUUGGGCCGUGCAAACUGCAGAGCCCUCCCUCCACCUAUGGCCCUGACUGCUUGAUUUGUCUCAGUAGGACCUGGUACAGCCCAUCUUCACAGAUAAUCCCAGCAGUUUUACUUGUGUCCAGAAGCAGCCACAAGUACAGCCUAACACUUAAAUGCACAAACAAGUCCCUGCUAUGAAAGAGCCAUUCUCUGAUGGCAGACAGAAUAAAAGGCAUUUCAAGGAAAGCUUUGCUUUCCACCACUGCCAAGUACAAUAUUUUACAGGCGAAUUGCCAGCUUUAUUCCCCUAAACACUGGUCUGCCAUACCACGUGAAUCGCAGCACUGCGCUACUCAGCCGUUAGCCUACAGGUACUGCUUGAGGUGUAAUGCACAGCAACGAGUGUGGGGCUGAGCAGAACAGAAGCACUCUGUCCUUGCCCUGGAGGUUUAAAAUUUUGCCUUCUCUUACAAUCAGAGCUGU